GCGAGCGGCGGCCGCCUCCUUAGAGCUGCGGGUCGGCCUGGAGCGAGCAGGGUGGCCCGGCGCUCGCUCGCUCUCUCCCUCCUUCCACAGCCCGGCCGGGCGGCCAUGGCGGCGCGACGGCGGCGGCCCACGGCUGGCGUGGGAGCCCGGGACACGCUCACGCUGCUGGCGCUGGCCUUGUGCGCCCCCGGGGUGGGCGGCGGGGCGCUCGAGUGGUACUCGGCCGUGGUGAGCAUCGAGUACGUGGACCCGCAGUCGAACAUGACGGUGUGGAGCGUGUCCGAGAGCGGCCGCUUCGGCGAUAGCUCGCCCCGGGAGGACAAGCAGGGCCUGGUGGGCGUCCCGCGCGCCGAGGGGGACGAGGAGGGCUGCGCGCCCGACACGCGCUUCGUGGCGCCCGGCAGCCUGGGCGCCGCGCCCUGGGUCGCGCUGGUGGCGCGCGGCCGCUGCACCUUCAAGGACAAGGUGCUGGCGGCGGCGCGGAAGAACGCCUCGGCGGUGGUGGUGUACAACCUGGAGCGCCACGGGAACGCCACCGAGCCCAUGUCGCACGCGGGGACAGGAAAGACAGUCGUCAUUAUGAUUAGCUACCCAAAAGGACGAGAAAUUUUUGAUCUGGUGCAAAAAGGAAUUCCAGUAAAAAUGAGCAUAGCAAUUGGUACCCGUCACAUGCAAGAAUUCAUCAGUGGUCAGUCUGUGGUGUUUGUGGCCAUUGCCUUCAUCACGAUGAUGAUUAUCUCAUUAGCAUGGCUGAUAUUCUAUUAUAUACAGCGUUUCCUAUAUACUGGCUCACAGUUUGGAAGCCAGAAUCAUAGAAAGGAAACUAAGAAAGUUAUUGGCCAGCUUCCACUACAUACUGUAAAGCAUGGAGAGAAGGGAAUUGAUAUUGAUGCCGAGAAUUGUGCAGUGUGUAUUGAAAACUUUAAAGUAAAGGAUGUUAUCAGAAUCCUGCCAUGCAAGCAUAUUUUUCAUAGAAUAUGCAUUGACCCAUGGCUUUUGGAUCACCGAACGUGUCCAAUGUGUAAACUUGAUGUCAUCAAAGCCCUGGGAUAUUGGGGGGACCCUGAGGAUCCACAGGAGUUACCCAUUCCAGAAGCUGCUCCGGGAAGUGUUUCUGUUGGGAAUCUGAGUGUGACAUCCCACGAUGAGGACAGGAGUGCUGAAAGCAACCUUCCAUCAUCUUCCUCAAGUGAGUCUGGGCCACACCGCCCCUGCUUUAAAGAAGAUGCCGGGGAAGACACCGCAUUGCUAGGCGCCUGCAGGAAUGACCCUCAGCAUGGAGGAGCCGUCUGCUAGCACACAGCCUCCCUGGCAGCCUCACCGACAGAGCCUUGGCUUGAACUACGGGACAUUUAAUUUUUUACUCAAGGGCAUAGUUUGUAUACUUGAAAACAGUGGAUAUUAUUUUACUUUACCUUUCAGAUUCAGAUUUGAUACAAAGGGCUGAGAUAUUUUAUUCCUAAGAGGACUUUUAAUUAGCCUUCAUCUAUUUAUCUACUAAAGUAUGAUGUAUAUCAUAAAUUGUGUUGUGUCCGACUGUCACAGAUGUGGGGGUGGUGAUAUUUCUGAGUACUAGACUAGCUUCUGUGGUACUGUUAAACAAAAUUCUGUUUCUAAGUUAAAGUAGAAUUGUGUAAUAGAAUUUAGUAAUUGAUCAAAUGGACAUUCCCGGAAGCAGACUCUUUAGAACUGGUAAACUGAGAACUCUUGCCAUGGGCAGUGCAGUGGUGCACGCCUGUAAACCCAGCACUCAGGAGGCUGAGGCAAGAGGAUUUUGAGUUCAAGCCAAAAAGAAGGGACCUAGGGGAAAGAGAAAUCAACUGUCUUGCACUAUGUUGUCCAUAGAGACUUCAAAACCAAGCAUACCCUUUUCUUGUUUGGAAUUGUGAAAAGAACACUAGUUGAUUUUAUGAUUUGCAUUUUUAUCUUUAUUGCCUAUUUUCUUUUGACACUUGGAAGAAGAAAAAAAUUAUCUGUGUUUUUCCACACACACAAAAAAAAAUGGCAGGAAUGCCAUAUUGCACAUUAAAAGUAUUAAAAUAUUGAUUCUUUAAGAAAAUCAAGUAAGCAUACUGUGAUGUUUUUAAGUGAUUAGUAUAUUUCAGUGAACCUAAUCUUUACAAUUAGAAUAAUUUAAAUUAAAAUUUUUGAUUUUUGUUGUUAGACUAAAAUAACAUUUUCCUAAUGAGAUUUUAAUACAGUUCAAUACUGUGACCUUUAUUCAUCUUUCCUCUGCUUGAUGUUCCCACAGAUAAAGCCUUUGAAGGUUGUUGUCUGAGUUCUUUAGAGUGGUCAAAUACUUUAAUAAGAGUAGGAGUCCUUUGUUGAUCUCAAACUUGUGUUGUAUGUCUACUUUGUAGACAAAAAUAAAUGCUUAGUGACAAAAAAAUUUAUGUAACCAAUUUUAUUUAGCAUAAUCAGUCCCAACAUUCAGCACAAAAAGUUUACAGAGGAUAAAAAGUGUAUUAAUAAAAGCCAGUCUUUACCCAAAGGAUACAGAAAAAUAUAUUGAUUCAAAAUACUUUACACUUCAGUGAAACUGAGUAAGUUUAUUUUGUGUGUAAGGGUACUUUCCCUAUAUGUGUGUCUGUGCACCGUCUGCAUACCCAAUACCAAAAGAGGCCAGAAGAGGGCAUCGGAUCUGAUGACACUGGAAUUACAGAAGGUCGUGAGCCGCCUUGUGGGUACUGGGUAUUGAACCUGAGUUCUCUGACCACUGAACCAUCUCUCCAGCCCAAGAAAAGUUGUUUAAGAAGUGUUUCUGGCUGACACCACAAGUCAGUAGAGGUCACUCACUGAUCCACAGUCUUUCUUGCCUUUUGCAUUAAUGCCCUCAGCUGGAAUUACUUACAGGACAGGAGACAAACAUGAGUCAGGAACAUAUCCAGGUCUAUUACUCUCUACUUUGAGGCUUGCACUGAGUAAAAGAUAAGUAUCUUCAUAGCAUUUCCUCUGCAUACAGAUUUAGGAGUAACUUCAUCAAUAUCAUUUUCAGAUUUAUUUUCCAUUUUCUCCAGAGCAAAAUUUAAUUAUCUUUCUUCACAAGUUCUGUUUUGAUCAACUUCAGCUAUUUCUUAAUCUAAAUGGGUGACCAUUUCUUCUAGUUCCCAGUGAUCUGUUGUGGUCUUUGUUUCAAAGCAUUGAGCCCUACCUAGGUGUGAUCCAUUUCCUCCACCUGCCAUCUCAGUUUGUCACUGACUGUUGAGAGAUGCUCCAGUAGUGUCCUUACUGAUUACGUCAUCUCUGACCACAGGAUCCUGGAAAGCAUACUAGGAAUUUGGCAGGGUAUGGACCACCUGGUGGGUAAGGACAGCUAGGGUAACCACUGGGAUUAGGGGGAGAGGUAUCCAAAUGGGUAUAGACAUUCUACCUGGCAUGCCUGGCAUGUAGGUCUUUGGUGGUCCUGUUUUUAGGUACAGUGAAAGGAUGUAGAAAUGGUAGGAUGGAGAACACCGAAAAGAUCCUUCUCUAAACACUGCAGUCAUGACCUGAAGAAGCUUCAAAAGUCUGACUGUAAGUGUUUCUAUUCAUGUAGGUAUGGAAGGUAGAUCUUCCCAUUUUGAACUACAUGCUUUCUGUUUCGGUAGUCACUAAAUGAGUGGGCUUAACAAAAUGGGGUGGUGUCUGUAUCCAGCAACCAUAGGUAUAUUGGAAUAUUAUACAUACUGCUUCCAUAAUAACGGGAAUUGUUCUAGUAAGGUUCAUUAGUUCCCUGGAACUGCCAUCAUUUAAAAAAUGAGUCCAGUACAAUUUUGGGAUCUUUGUAUAGAGUAAUAACCGACAGUUUCACAUACAGAUAUGUCUCUUUAUAUAUGGACACCAUCUCCUACAGCUGGCCGUGGGACAGCACCAUGGCACUCUACACCUCCAUCUUCACAGGCAGAGCAUCAGCAUCCAGAGAAUUGCAGAGGCUAUCCCAAGCCAGCACCAAGAAAAUAGAAUUUUAAAGGCUAAAUUUAUUCUUAGAGCCAUAUCUAAGACAUGAAAGCUGUUUUUUACAGUUUGAUUUUAGCUACUCAUAGUAAAAUAUGUGAAUUUUACUGAAAGAAAUGUACAACCAGAUUAAUAUGAGCUGUUGAAGUAGAAAAAUCUCUCCUAUUUUGAGCACUUAUUAAGAGUCUCAAAGUUGGUUUUACAAGUUUCUCACUGAACUCUGUGGUCAGUGCAGACAGGAAAAUAUGAAUUCUUUAUCACAUAGAUUAGUGCUUUUAAGACAUGCCAGGGAAAAUGGUGUAAUCAUUCUAACAGCAGAUGAAGCUGGCUUUUACAAAGGAUAUUGUGAUAGAGCAAGGUAAAUUGUUUUUAAUCAUUUAACCAUUACUGAAGAAUUUUUUAAGCAGGGUCUCAUUGUUUAAUCCAAUCUGAGUUUGCAUUCACCAUCCUUCUGCCUCAGCUUCCCCACUGGUGAGAUUACAAGCAUGUGGACCACUUCUGACUCUGAAUAGUGUUUUGAAGAUUGGAGGCCGUGGUUGAAAGAGGCAGUGUCCGUGACACAGAAGGUUGUUUACUGUGUUCCUGCUCUCCUGGCUUUUCACUCUACAGUAUGGAUUACUCUCAGCAGAAAACCAGUGUUGGGACCACAUGUUCUCAUCUGGCAGGUGAUUUGAAGAUUUAAGUUGAACUAAAAAGUUUUGAAGUUUAACCUAUGUUAAAUUAAACUAGUUUAAUUACA